ACACUUGGAUGGAAACCUCAGAGAGGGAGGGGUGAACUUUUGCUGAACAUAAAGACCUGAUAUGAUGGGCUACAGAUACAGAGUUGAGUGAAGGACGAAAGGAGCAACUGUAGGGAUAAAAUUCCUGAACCUGAACCUGGAAAUAAGCUGGAGGCUACAAUAAUAUCAGGACAAAGAACGGGUCCAGUCCACCAUGUCUGAGUCCAUCAGAAGAAGAAGCUCCAGCAGACAGCUCCUGGAAAACCUCAUACAGGUGACGGUACAGCGGAGCCUUGAGGAUGCAGAGGAGGUGGAGCGAGAACGCAGGAGGAGAACCAGGGAGAGGCAGCGAGAAGAACAGACCACUCUGUCGGUGCCUCACCAGCAAAAUAGGUCAACAUCUUCAGGAGUGUCAGACGAAGAGCUGCAUCCUCGUGGUUGCUUUGUGCAGGAGGAGGAUGAGGGGUUCAGUGACUGGAGCCACAGGUUGCACAGAUUGGAAAAUCGUAAUGAUCUUGAGCACGUCAGGGCCAAGGCACAAGAACCUUCAUCAAUGCAGUGGAAGGCAGGCAGAAAUAACAAGAAACAACAGGAUGAUGAAGAGCAGGCGGAAUGGCAGCCGACACAAAGGAGCCAUGCCCUGCAAUGUACAAGAAGCCCUCCACUGGGGAAAAAAGAAGUCAAGCUGUUUCUGUCAAAUGAUCCAAGACAACAGCAGGCCAGCGACCCGCAAGCAGACACAAUGCUGGACUUAGCGACAGAAAGGAUCAGCAAAGGGGUGUGCCUGGCGAAGCAAGAGGAAGAAAGGGUGCAGCAGACUUUGCAGAAGGAGUGGAGAUCAUGCUCGGGAAACAGAGCAACAUAUGAAGUUGAUCAUGAGGCAGAGGAUCUCGACGUCACACGUGAAGAGAUCAAGAAAAGGCUCUCAGAGUUUGAGGGAAACCAGAAGCUGACAGAAGAGAGGUCAAAGGAAGAAGGAUGCAGGAGUGAUGAUGAUAAAAUCCGUCGGGCUGGCCUUUCUCUAUACAGCAGUGAUGAAGAUGAGACAUUAAACUGCUAUGGAGCCAUGAGCCCAACAUUCAAGAAACUCCUCAUUCAGUUUUACCCAGAUGAGGUGAAGAGCAGAAUACCAGCAGAUGGUAAAUGUGUGAUCACAGAGCGAACGGAAUCUCUGAGAAAGAGCUCCAACAGCCAGAAGAUUCCACAACCCCUUUGUGUUUCCAAGAUCGACAAGAAACUACAGCAGUAUACGCAUGCUCUUGAGGUUUCCACAAAGGAAAGCAAACCAGCGAGUCCAGUCUUGGUGGAUGCAAUGAGUCCCAUCGCUCACAAAAAGAAUCUUUUUGAGGCUGGAGUGGCAUGGAACCAAAACACACUCGCAAACACACCACCAAAGGAAAUAAAACCUGGUGUAGUUUUAAGCAAGAAAAAUGUGUGGGAGGGCUACAGUGAUAUAGUUUCUCUCGCUUCUUCGGGGAGGGAUACCAAGGAAUGCUCAGCCGGUAAAAUGUAUAAAUUUGUCGCGAUGGCUCACGGCAAGUAUGAGAAGGUUUCUGAUGAGGACGGCCUUAGAGAUGAUGCAAACUGGGCAGCCUGAAGAAAAUCAGAAGCGGAACAUGCCAUUUGGAUUUCAAAAGAAACGUUUUACUGCAAAAACUGUAAUCAUUGUGAUUUUAGUCAUCUGUAUAUUUUAACAGUUUUACUCAAACUUCCAAUUUACUCAAAUGUUCAAAAUGUUCCCUGUCAACACCUAUUUCUCUUAUGAGCAAAAAAUGGAAAAACUAUCACUCCGCUGUUUAUUAGACAGGUAUUCAU